GUAUGUAAAUAAAAGCUGGAAAAAUAUCAAAAAUGGGAUAAAUAGAUGAAAUUCUAAAUUAAGUUUAAAUGCAAAAUGAACAUUUAUAAGAAUAUAUGAAAAAAUCAGGUUAUUGGGAAUUAGAAAUCGAUAAUAUGAGGUAAAUAGAGAGAUAAAUAAUAGAAUAAUUAAAUUAAAUGAAUUAUAGAUGGCUAUGCCUGGAAUGAUAGAUAGUCAUGUUCAUCCCUAAAGUGGAGGGAUUUAAUUAAGUAGACUCAAAAUCUAAAAGUAUUGUUCUUGGGAGGAUGCUAAAAAUGCUAUUAAGAACAGUAUAAUGAAAGGGGAACAUGAUUAAAAUGAAUGGGUGUUUGCAUAUGGAUAUUGUAAUGAAAUAAUUAAAUAUGUGAAAAGCAUAAGGAUGGUUUAAAGACAUAAAAUAGAAUAUAUAGGAAUUAGAUGAUAUAUGUCCUGAGAAGCCAUUGAUAAUAAUGAGAGAUGAUUGCCAUGCAUAUUGGUGUAAUUCUAAAAUAUUUGAAAUUACAUAAAGUCCCUAAGAAAAUGGUAUUUAUAUAGAAGAAUAAAUGAAUAUUGUGAGAAAAUUCAUUCCAAAAUUAAGUGAAACUGAACAAUAGGAUUGUUUAUUAAAAGGAUUACAACACUUGAUUAAAUAUGGAGUGGUUGCAUUUUAAGAUGCUGCAGUGAAAGAAAAACUAUUUCAUAAUUACAUAAAGUUGUAUUAAAAUUAAAAUUAUUGUAAUCAAUUACCAUAUUGUUGUAUGAGUUUAUGUUGGAAUGAUUUAUUUUUAGAAUAGACUUAAAGUAAUUAUUAUCUUUAAUUAAGGUAUUGAUGAGGAAGUAAGAUUUGAGACAAUAGAAAAUUAAAUUAAAUAGAUAAGAGAUUUGAAUUUAUAGAAACUAUAUUGUCAUAGUGUAAAAAUAUUUGUUGAUGGUGUUUUGGAAUCAAAGACAGCUUUAAUGAAUGUUUAAUAUUGUAAAUGUUAACACAAUGGAUAACUAAUGAUUUAGAACAUCCCUUAAAUAAUUGAAGGUCUAAAUGAUAGAGGAAUCUAGGCUCAUAUUCAUAGUAUUGGAGAUCGAGCAACAGAUAUUGUAGUUGAAUCAUAUGAGAGGAUAUCUCAUAAAUUCAAUAAGAAUAUUAUUAACUAUUUGGCUCAUCUUGAAUUUGUUUCACCAAAAGCUAUUGAAGCAUUUAAAAAGUUUAAUUUAGGUGCUAAUUUUUCAGCUUUAUGGUUCUAUGAGAGUCCAGAACUUUCAUUAAUGCCAACUUGCUUACCUGAACAUUAUAUGGAAGGAAUGUAUCCUAUAAGAGAUCUUGAAUAAUGUAUUAUUGGUUUAGGUAGUGAUUGGCCUGUUAGUUCAGCUAAUCCUUUUGAUGCUAUAGAAGUGGCAGUCACUCGAUAACCUUUAGGACAUACUUAAAAACCUAUUCCAAUUGGAGAUUUAAAACAAAGAAUUACAAUUCUUUAAGCUAUGCAUUAUUAUACUGAAGGAUCUGCUCAAUUAAUAUAGAAACCAGGAUUUGGAAUAUUGAAGGAUGGAGGACCUGCUAAUUUUAUUAUUAUUUCUUAAAAUGUUUUAAAGGUUAAACCAUCAGAAAUACAUCAAACUGAAGUUUUAUCUACUUUUAUUGAUGGAAUAGAAGUAUAUUAAACAUUAAAAGUUGAUUAAAAAUGA